GUCAUUAUAUGUUUAGAAAUAGAAAUGGAUCAUGUCAAUUGUGAUCACACUCACUGCACAACUGCAAACCAAUCGGUUUGUCAGACACUAUCGGAAAUGGAAUGGGAGAGAGGAAUAUGGAAUGCUGCUUUUAACGGUGACAAAGAGAAAGUGAACACGUUAAUACACAAAGCAAACAAUCCUAAGGAAUUUGUGAAUAUUCCAGACAAUUCUGGGUACACCGCACUGCACUACGCCGCACGUAAUGGUCAUGUAGACAUAUGUAGAACACUGCUGGGGACUGGAGCAUGUGUUGACGCUCAGACUAGUGGAUUUGCUACACCACUUCAUAAGGCUGCUGCUGCAGGUAAAGCAGCUACCCUAUUAUUCCUUAUUCAGAGUGGAGCAAAUGUGUUAAUGCAAGAUACGGAUGGUCAGACUGCUCUUCACAAGGCCAUAGCUAAUAAACGUACAGACCUGAUCAACAUUUUACUACAAGCAUGUCCCGAACUUGCUAAUGUUAAGGACAAGAGAGGUCGUGUUGCAGCCGAACUUUCACAGAACUGAAUGAUUUGAUAUUUGGAGAUUAUAGUCUAUUGCAG